UGCUCAGUUUUGAGGAACAAAAAUAUCGUACAAUUUAUUGUAUUUUUUGCAAUUUCUUUUGCUUUAAAUGUACGCUAAGCUCGCAGAAUUGAAGCAUGAGCAAAUGGGACAAUCUUAGAAACCGUCUCCGUGAGUCGAAUAGAAAUUUGGACGAAGAAUUUGAACAAUUUCUCAAUGAGUCCCUUUCUGAAGAGUCCCUUAGUUCACCCCGAACCAAAUCCCCUGGUACAAAAAGGCAAGAUCUCAAUCGAGGACAGAAAGCUCCCUUGAAAUCCACCAAGCCCUGGUGGGACAGUAGUGUGGAGGACGACCCCAAAUCCACGGAUGUUGCCCAAAGUUGGUUUAAGACACCAACAGUCAAAGAAGAGGUGGAGAUCCCUGAGGAUGAUGAACCAGAGUUACACCAAGCAAAAACCGCAGGAAGUAAUCAAGAUUAUGGAGGAUUUAGGCAAGAUCCACCAGUUGAUCCUGGGGUUUCAGUGACCAUGAGCAAAGAUAGCUUAGAUGAUGUUGCAGGUGGGAAGCAAUAUGACGAUGUGGAUAAACUGUCUGACAUUGAAAGCCAAAAUAUUGAUGAGAUCCAAGAGAAAUUCAGUUACACUGAACCCUCUGGCUCUCCAACAUCAUCACCUUCUCAGAGACUACCGGAGAAGCUGGAUGCCAAUGAUCCUAGCCUGAACACAGAGACUGGCAUGAACACCCAGAAUGAACUAGCAGAAAAACUGGAGUUUUUUAAAAAACUUGAGGAUGAGAAAUCAAAUCUAGAUUAUGGCAAAUUGAACGAAAUGCUGGAUGAAGAAUCAAGCGUUACCGGUACUGAUCAAGUAAGAGCCGACGAUGAUCUUCAAGCCACUGGAGUGGAGUUAGGGGACUCAAUUUUCAAUGCAACAGGAACUGCUGCUGGUGUUAUGUCUCCUAGUAAAGAACUCGCUAAACCUUCAGUUGAUAAGAAUUCACUGAAACCAUCCAUGCUAUCAAAAGUGUCAUUGAUGGACUCCCUCGACUCCACGGUAGGAACAGCUCAACGCGAGAAGAUAAAGCAGAUCAGACAAAAACACAUCGACGUUCCUGUUUCUGAAGUCACGGAACCUCUGUCGGGCGAUGAUGAAGUCAAACCUGGUGAUGAUGACGCCCUCAAAGAUGGCGACCACGAGUAUUCUGAAAGCUUCGAAAGUGAUGUCGAAGAGGAGAGAGCCGAGGUUGCCAUGAAGACUGGAAGCGAGUUGCUAAAUACUUCUGGUGUGGGUGAAUUGGCCGCUCUACAGCAAGCGCUGCAGGCCGCUGAUUUGGAGAGUACUGGGGAUAGUGCUCGCCCUCUAGAUGAUACAUCUAAAAUCCAACCUGAUCUGAAAGAAAGUCCAGAAAAAGUGACGAAUAAACCACCCAUUCCACAGAGUGUUCCCCCAAACGUGACCUCCGUUGGUUCACAUCCAGAUCCAUUAGAUCAAGAAGUCACCGUCUCUCAUCCUGUUGCCACGUCCAUAGCAACAAACGAGUCAAAAGGACUCAGCUCUAAUACUUCUACCUCCGUCCCCCUGCUAAAUCAAACUCUGCAUCUCCCCCCUGACAUUCAUAGCUCCGCCCAAGAGCAACGGGGAAUUAUUCUUUCACGAAACGCUGAUAUCAGAGAUCCCUUCAAACCUGUUCUUGGCCGUGACGACAUCGUCGAAACCCGUCACACCGGAUUUCCGUCCGGUCGAUCGACAGGUUUUGAGCUGCCAAACGAAAGGGACCCGCCCGUAUACACAGGCGGCUUGGUGUCAGAGAACUUCGAGUUCCAUACCGAAAAUCGUCAACCCCCCGGUUUGCAAGGCCAUGAUGUUAAUGAAAUGCAUGGUUUUAGUCUUCAACCCGUAUCACAGUCGGGGGGGAUAAAUAUCGUGCAGACCUUGGAGGAGGCGAUCGUCGAGGAUAUUUUUUCUAGGAAUAUUAGUAUAGGUACUCCUAAGACGGGGGGAGCCAAGAAAGAAGAUGUUUUCCCGGGGGAGGUCACCAGUGAUGAGGACACUCCCCCUCCUGAGAGUUUAAAGAGUAUUAAGUCUAUUGUGAAGAAGCGACGGGAGGCUCAAAACGGCGCGAAACCUCCGAGCGGAAGACGACGAGAGACGACGAAGAAGACUUCGCCAAAAGUCGUACCAAGAAGCGCUACGCCAGGGGGAAGUAGGAAGAAGACGGAGGAUAAGGUGGGAAGAUUAGGAGGAGUUAGGGCAAAGCAGGGGAUUUCUGGGGACCGUAGGAACGUGGCUGUCGAUGAUCGCUUUGGAUGGAAGGAUAAAACUGGAUUGAGUUCCUCACGCGAGAGAAAAGCGGGAAGUUUGAAGGGCCAGAAAGAGAGGUCCAGGAGGGUGCCGAAUAAACCUCAAGCAAACAUACAAGAACAAUCGCCAACUCAAUUGAUAGCCUCCGUCGAAUCGUUUGCUAGCUAUCUCAAUAGUUUUGUACACCGCGAGGAUCACGAGGGACACACGUCACUCGUGGAGUACGAGGAUGGCUCCGAAGAGGACACGAGGACCAACCGAAUAUCACGAGAGCAAGCAUUGCGGAAAGAGGUUGAACAUUGGCAAGCAAUGUGGCAGGAUGAACGUAACGAAAAGGAUAAACUGAUUGACGAGUUAAACCGAAAGGACAAGGAAUGGAACAGACGAGAACAGACACUUGGUUUGCAGUACAAGAAAGAGAUCAAUGAUUUGAAACAGAAAGUAUUUGUUUUAGAAAGCCGAUUGAAAGAUGUUGACGACAAGAAACGGGCAUCAAAAACUGCCAAUUUGAAGUCAAUGUCAGACGAAGAAUUGCGAAAAUUGGAGAAGGAAAUUUGCGAUCAGGAUCAAUUGCUCACCGGUUAUCAACAAGAGAAUGAGCGUUUGUAUGAAGAUUUGAAACAAGCACAGGUCAAAGCCAAGACGGCUGAAGCACAGAUGUUUAAAGAAAAUCAAAAACUAGCCAGUGAAGUGGCAGUGUUGAAGGAAAAGCUGGAGAGGAAAGAAGGUACAUUUGAACUCAGUGGUACGGCCGCGAUGGGGGCAGAGAGGAUCCAUCAGCUUCAUUCACAGCUGAAGAUACUCAGGACAAAUGAACAAGAAAUGAAAAAAGAGAUGGACACUUUAGAGAGUGAUAAAAGAAGGUUAGAAAAAGAUCUCAAGAAGUUGGAAAGAGAAAAAGAUGAGGCUGUUCAGCGAGUCGAUCAAGCCAUUGGCACGAACUCGCAAACACUACAGGACAUGGAGUCAGGUCAUGCGAGCGAAAUCCAAAGGUUGAACAGAAAGCUCGCAUGGUACGUCGAAAACCAGGAGCUGUUGGAUAAAGAUGCGGCGAUAUUGAAGGAAAAGAAUGAAGAGAUCAAAGAAUUGAGAGGUUUGGUGGAAAGAAUGGAAAAAGAACGAGGGAAUAUAAACAUGGAAAAAGACAAGAAAGACAAAGAAAGAGCUGGAGACGCCAAACGAAUUCAAGAUCUUGAGCGUCAGAUCCGUGAGAUGGAACAAAUAAUCAAGCGCCGUUAUCCGAACUCUAUUCCCGCGUUAAUCUAUGCCGCUUCGUCGGCACCUGGCGACGGGAAGCCGUUCAAACCCGAAGACACUCCGAAAAAGCAAGGACCUUCGUAUGCAUUUCUGGAAAACCACGUGAAGAAAUUGAACCAAGAGUUAGAGGAACGAGAAGAAGACUGGGCGCGAAGUUUUCGGGUUUUGGAACAGAAAUACAACGCGAUGCAAUUGGAGUACGACAAUCACGUGACGGAAUUACGACGCGAGUUGGAAGACGAACGCGAGAAAGUGACGUCAUAUACACGAACCCGCGCGAGGACCUCCUCGCUUGAGAAAGAGUUGGAGAACUUACGUGAUAAGCAUGAACGAAAAACGCAAAAGCAUAGCGCGGAAAUGAAAAGCACGCACGAAGCUUACGAACGGAAAACGCAGGAACUCAACGCGGAGAUAAAAAGUUUGCGUGACGCGCUGCACGCGAGGAAGAACGUGGCCAUGCAGCUUGAAGUUAAAAAUGCGUCUAAAAAGAGAAAAAGCAAACGAGGUGCGCUCACAGAUAAUCAAGCUCAAAUUACCGAACAUCAGAGUCAGAGAGAUACUGACAAGAACUUCGAAGCCCGUUUAACGAGCUUACAUGAAGUGUGUGAUCAGAAGGAUCGUAUGAUUGAGGAGCUACGGACGACCUGUGCUCAGCUUCAACACCAAAGACAAGAGAUGCUCGUUGAGAAAGAACUAGUCGAGUCCAGGAGAGUGAUCCAAGAAAACUCGCACGAAAAAUUGGAUGUUCUUGGUUCAGAGAACCGCCAGUUACGAGAACAGCUUUCGCAGGUGACCGUUGAGAUGGACCAACAACGAGUCCGUUACCAAGCAUCACUUGCUGAGGUUGAACGUAUAGCGAGGCAGGAGCGGGAGGCCUCACACGACGAGCUGUCCUCUCUAAAAGCACAACACAGACAAGAGAUCGAGAAUAUAAAACAAGAUUACGCUGCUCAACAUUCCCGCUCCAAGCUUUCCGAGAUGACAAACAAAAUUGCCAGUUUGGAAAUUGUAAUUGAACGACUAAAAGACAAGUUGGCAAAAAGCGCGGAAACUGAAGCCGAACUUGCUUCAAAGAAGGUUCACGAAGAAGUGCUCAAUCAAGAAAUUAGACAGCUCAAGAUAGAUCUCAAGAAAGCCAAACAAUUCCAUACUCCGGAGAUGCAGCAUUAUUCUCAGCUGGAAGACAAAAUAAAAGCGAUGGAAACCCGGUACGCCCGACGGGAAAACGAACUUCAAAUGAUCAUUCAAAACCUCCGACUUUCUGCCGACGUAGAAAAAGACGAAGUGCUGAGGAAAUGGCGGGAGUUAUUGCGGAAGAAAACGGAAGAGACCGAGCGCUUCCGAGUUGAACUCGAAGCUAUUUUAUCGGUUUUAGAAGAACUAAGACAACAAGGAGUGGUUAUACCCCGGAGCAAAAUCAGCCAUUCCCAAUACCUGUAAUGUAUAGUACUGUAAAUAAGAAUGCAAAUAUGAACUCUAAAUUGCAAAGCAAUUGUCUUACGAUAGUAGUUGAAUGAAAUAUAGAAUCGAAAGGUUGUCAUCCAUACGUGUAGACACAGUCAAAGUUCACCCAACAUUAUACCCAACGCAUUCGUAAAAUUUACAGGUACUUGUGUUUUAAAUAGCGUCAAAUCUCUCAUGAAUAGCGAUAUAAGCUUAGAAAAUAUUUCUCGUGGAGUAUACAAGGUAAAGUUUAAAAAGUGUCUCAUCGCGCGAAGACCCUUAUUU